GAGCGCCCCUCCGGUGCUCGAGCGGAGCUCAUGGAGAGGCAGAUACAGAAUCGCAUGGAGGCAGUGAGGACGGGCGCAGUGCCAGGGCCCACGCAGAAACAGCAGGACGACGCGCGGACCAAGAUCAGGGAGUGGGGGCACGCAGACGUUCCGCCCACGGACGACAUGGUGAGCCUCUUCUGCGCAAUCGCCGACGUCCUCGGCCCGCUGUCCCGCGUGACACUUCCAAGGGUGAAGAAAUUCAGGACGGUGGUGCGGCAGGUCCUUGCCGUGGAGGGGAUCCACUGGAUCGCCCCCAAGCAGAACCUGACGGACGCGGACUUGCGGGAGUUCGGCGGGGCCGUGGUGGGCCCGCGGUCUGUGCCCGAGCAGUUCCAGGACAUCUGCCGGACGAGCUACGUGGUCGACCAAUGCAUCCCGCGGAGCAGGCUCGGCUUGAACGUCAAGCAGCGCAAAGUCGCGGUCAACCUGGAGAGGGAGAUCGACGCCACCGCGAUGAGCGACUGGACCCCGCAGGCCGGGCUACCGCCGCCGCCUUCCGAGGGUGUCGCGGCGCUGCCCCCGGGAACGGGCGCUACGGCGAGUUCGGCCGCAGGGGGCGGCCCCGCCGCUGAUGUCACCGGCGGCCAGAGGGGCAGCGGGCGCGUGGCGAGUUCGGGCGCAGGGGGCGGCGACGCCGCUGAUGCAGCCGGCGGCCAGAGGGGCAGCGGGCGCGUGGUUCGCCAGCAGGCGCUCGCCGCUUCGGAGCCGUCGGAGGACGAAGCAGCUGUCGCCCGCAAGACCCGCGACGCGGCGACGAAGGCGAUCGAUGAGGGCAGGUUGUACACGACCGACACGAGCGACUCGAGGUGCGCAAUUUUUUGGCCCAGGAGCGCUUGCGACCACUCGGUCGAGCAGGGCGCCAGGGACUUGGACAGCGCCCCUGCAGACUUCACCUACUUCUUCAAGCUGGUCACCGUGGCGCUCAUGAAGAAGCGCUGCCUCGGCGUACUGCACUUCUUCGCCGAGCAGUUCACCCGCGUGGACGAGGCGAUGCUGAACUUCCCCCCGGCCUUCAGCAAAGGCCUCAUCAAGCUGGCGUGGAUGCGCGACCAGCCGGAGACGGAGCACGGCGCCGCCGUCUCCUGGGAGCACUCUCUGAAGUUCCACAGCAGCGAGGUCUACUUGGAGUUCGUGGACUGGAAGUUCGACAGGAGGAUGGAUAAUGCGAGAAAGGACAUGCUAGCGAACCCCGCGGAGCGUUACGACGCAUGCCGCUGCCUGCUCGAACAGGCGCCCACGGGCGCCGCCAAGGCCGAGCUCGCCAGUGCCAUGUCCAUCUUCGGCAGCGGCUCCGACCUGGAGAAGGCGAAGUUCGCCUUGACGGCCAAGAACAUGCUUGUGGUCGAGGCGUGGUGCCCGACGGACCCUCCAUCUGAUCAGUCGCCCCUGGCGGCGCCUGCGGGCGCUUUCAACGGGCCCUCCGUCGACAAGGUCGCGGUCGCCUUGGAGCGCCCCCCCGUGGACAGCGAGGUGAUCGGCGCCAUCCAGGGCCCGACUGCCCGGGCCGUGAUCGAGCAGUGCGCGUCGGCGCUCUCAUCCAACGUGGAGUACAGCGAGAACUUCAAGAUGACUGCGCAGCUCUUGACGCUCGAGGCCCUCGCGUACAAGCGCGGCCUUGUCGGCGACGUGGGGUUGGUCGUGGAGGACCCGACGUGGGGCGCGCCCCUCGCGGGGCACCGCUCCGACGCGGAGUGCAAGGCGUUGCGCCGCACCCCUGGCACUGGCGGAGCGGGGGAGAAGCUGGCGAAGUCCGGCCUGGCGCCAGCGACGGCGUUGUUGCUGACCCGCGUGGCAAACCAGCAGAGGGGGGAGGCGGCGGCAGCCCAGGCGGCAGUGGCCGCCGAGGCAGCAGCGGCCGCGGAGGCGGCAGCGGCCGCCGAGGCGGCGGCGGCAGCGGAGGCGGCAGCGGCCGCCGAGGCUGGCGAGGAUGGGCCGAACGGCGAGGGAGAUGGCACGGCGCCGCGCGUCAAGGCCGAAGGGAAGGCUGGGCCCGCGGCGGCCCAGACGGCGCCGCACGCCAAGGCCAAAGGGAAGGCAGCGCCCCCCGGCGUUACGACGGGCGCCGGUGGCCAGGCAACGACCGCCGGCGGCUCGGCCGACCAGGGGGGGCUCGCGGAGCCGCCGUUUCGGGCGGGCGACGAGGUCACCAUCGAGCACAAGAAGAAGAUGUACGACGGCUACGCCGGAGAGGUGAAACAAGUCUACAAGAGCAAAUGCUUGGUCGAGCUCUCCGAGGGGCCGUCCAAGGGGAAGGGCGACGGAACCCGCAAGUUCGAUUUCGAGAAGUUGACCAAGGCCAGCGGGGCGGCGGGAGCAGGUUUGGCGCCCGCGGCGGGCUCGAGGAAGCGCGCCAGCAGCGGCGCAGCCGCUGCCGCUGAGCCCUCGGCGAAGCAGGCGAAGGGGGAGGAGGCCGAGUCUGAGGCUCUCGUGAGCACUUUGCACGGGCCAGAGGCCCGUUCUGCGGGGUGGGUGGGCCCGCCGGCCGCCGACGCCGCUGGCGCCAAGUUGGGCAAGUCGGCCAACGGCUUCAUCGUUUCCGCCCGCAUAGCCAUCCUCGUCCUCGACGUCUUCUUCAUUGCCAUUUUCUUUUGCCCUGCCAUCAUUGCCCUCCUGCUCGUCCUCUCCCCCCUUCUAUCUUCUUCCAUGCUCGCCCUCGCCCUCGCCAUCGUCCUCGACACCUCCGCGAACCCCGUCCGUUACGACGGCGUGCCUUGUUCGAGGACCCUGGAAG